AUGCCGGUGUCAGAAGAGGGUUUUGCGCCGAUGGCUGCGGCCGCAGCACCCGAGGAGCCCCAACAAACAGACUUCCAGCUGGUACGAGUCAAGAGCACCUGGUGCCGGGUCAAGAAAGGAGAAACCCUUUCCGAUCUCGAGGAUGAGAUAAUUCUUUCUGAAGCAAAAAUAGGUGAAUGUGUCUUCGAAGGUGGGAUUUCCUGGACAGUUGAAGCUCCCAUCUAUUUCUGCUACAAAGUGGUAGAAACACACAACAUUCUGGAUCCCUCUAACACUACUCUCCUCUGGGGUCACACCACUGACACCCAGCAACUCGAGCUAACCACUAGUGGCAAAAGGAGGCUGAGGCGCUUUAUUGUCAUAGAUGAAGUCGUGGAUGAACUUUAUGGCUCCAAAGUCCGGCGUUACUUUGAAGAGAACAACGUGCAGCACAAAAUCCUCGCCCUGCCAACCACAGAAGAAACAAAAUCCAUGGACCUGGUCUUGAACAUCCUGCAAGAAGUACAGAACUUCAGCAUUGACAGGCGAACAGAGCCCAUCAUUGCCAUUGGAGGAGGUGUUUGCCUGGACAUUGUGGGGUUAGCUGCUUCCCUCUAUAGAAGACGCACCCCUUACAUCCGCGUCCCAACCACCCUCCUCUCCUACGUUGAUGCCAGCGUGGGAGCAAAGAACGGAGUGAACUUCCUCCAGUGCAAGAACAAGCUUGGGGGAUACACCCCCCCAGUAGCUAGCUUUCUGGAUAGAUCCUUCAUUCAGAGCAUUCCCCGGCGACACAUCUCCAAUGGCCUUGGGGAAAUCUUAAAGAUGGCGCUCAUGAAGCACAAAGGGCUGUUUGACCUGCUCAAGAGCCACGGCAAGUACCUGCUGGACACCAAGUUCCAGUCUUACAGUGGCUCUACCAACCGUGGGGAUGCUGCACUGCAGACCACCAGGAUUGCCAUUGAAACCAUGCUGGAGGAGCUGGCUCCCAACCUUUGGGAAGAUGACCUAGACAGACUGGUGGAUUUUGGUCACCUUAUAAGCCCAGAGCUGGAAAUGAGGGUUUUGCCAUCGCUGAUGCACGGAGAAGCCGUGACCAUUGAUAUGGCAUUCAUGACGUACGUGGCCCACACGCGGGGGCUGAUCACGGCGGAAGAGAAGGAGCAGAUCAUCCAGUGCAUGCGGGGCCUGGAGCUGCCUGUGUGGCACGGUGCCUGCAGCUGGGCCCUCAUCCAGGCGGCGCUGAGAGAGCGCCUGCGGCACGGAGGAGGGCAGCCCCGCAUGCCGCUGCCCACCGGCCUCGGCGUGGCAGAGAUAUUCAAUGACAUCAGCGAGGAGACACUGAAAGGUGCCUACAAGCUGUGGGUUAAGGACUGCAGGACGAUGCUGGAAGAGGGGACAGCCAUCCUGUGAGUGCUGCACAGCUAUGCCCAGCAUCCUGCCUGCUCCCAGAGCUGCUCAACACCGUGGGUGGGUGGGCAGAGCUGAAUUUAAGGGAGAAUGAAUACAGCAGCAUGAAUUCCUGCAGAAUUAUGAAAGCGUCUGAGCUCUCUGAAGCAAGUUUAUCAGCCUAGUUUGCCUACUGUGAUUGCUGUAGUUGGAAAGGAACUUGUUAGAGGAUCACUCACAGUCAAAACAAACAAUGCCCAUACUGUAGUUCUUAGCAGCUUUGUGUCUCCUUUGGUGGGAAGUGGGACUUGUCCCCUUCAUUGGUUAAUCCAUGACCUUGUCCAGCACUGUCCCACUGCUGCCCAUUGGGCCCUGCAGUUAAUAGGUGUAGCUGGCUGUUAGAGAAUAGAAAAGAAGCAGAAUAUCUCAAAGUCACCAAAUAAAAUUUCCAUGCUAUAUCAAGCUGGGGUACAUCCCUCAGAAUUUGGCAUUCUGAGUUCAUUUUCUUGGCACAUUCAAAAUUGCAAGAACCAGAAACAACAGUGGGCUUUUCCCACUGCAGGUGAAAAGGAUCACCUGGGGCAGCCAAGAGAAGUCAGGGGACACCCACUAAGUUUGUCAACUCCGAGCAGCCUCAGUACCAUGUCAAGGGUCCCAGCAGGCACAGGACAGGCAAUGUAUCACAUGCUGAUUGUGGAAAACGUAAAGGCAAUGUCAUCCUCUCUGGAGGUUGAAUCAAAAGAAUCACAAUCCACAAACAGCCUCUGAAUUAUUUACGGCAUUAUUGUUUGUUUCUUUCUUUCUAUCUUAUCAGUUUGUGCUGAUGUACUGGAUUCUGUUUUGCUGAAGCAAUAAAAGCUA